GGCUUAACAUGCAGGAUUUCCUGUCCUGUCACUUGAAAACAUCACGGCUGUGUGCGAGCUGAAUUUCUCAAGCUAAAUCAGCAAAAAAGCGAGGAAUACGAGCAGAACACUGAAUCUAAAAAAACACAGUUUCCUCUUUAUAUAUUAUGGACUUGUUGCUGACCGCCCAGCUCUGAGUGCGUAAGGUAAACACGUUAAUAAUCCUUCCUAACCCGCCACUUGUUGACGCAGCGCCUACAACACUCACGUUGUUGUCACGUAUGGAAUGGAAUCUUGGAAUGGAACCGUAGGAUGGAACGAUGGAAUGAAACGUGGAAUUCUGUGAAGUUUCGGUGUUUCAGUUGAUUCAGUGAAGCGAACGGUUGACUGUUUAAAAGAGAAAGUGAGGGGCACCUUUAGUGAACUCGAUCUGUUCAUGGAAAGCCACACCUGGCUGGAGUCGUCCUUGCGGCGCUCUGCCAGUCUGGGUCUGGAGGUUCUGCAGCGAGCCUCCAGGAGAAGCGUCGACUGGAGCAGCGUGGAAGCUUCCCAGACCCCCACCACCACAGAGGAAGACACACAGAUCCCUAUCAAGAGACCACGCUCAGAGCUUGAUGAUGUCUUUGCAACCAUCGCAGACUUCAUGGCCCAGACGACACAUCAGUGCAAGAGGUUUUAUGAGUCUGGCUCCUGCACUGAGCCCUCUGACACUGAGAGGAGCCAUGUGUGCAGGUUUCACUCACGGCCAGCUGCUGGGAUUAAAACACCUGCACGGUCGGCUAGAAAACAUGAAAGGGCACCACAGAACCAGGGUCGUGUCUCUGCAGUUGGUGAAGAUUUCUUCAUCGAGGUUUCCCCGGGGACGUACGCUGUCACUGCCUCCAUGCCGGAGUCACAGCAGCAGACUCAGAUGAUCAGUGUCCGAGCCGGAGAGAGCGUCGACCUCACCUUUAACCUCUGACCCCUCUCCUUUAACCUCCAAUACUAAAACUGACCAAUGCUCAUUCUGUUUGUGUGUGUGUGUGUUUAUUGCUUGCUUUUACACUGCAUUAAGAGUUUACAUUUUAUAUUGCAUGAAGUCUACAAAAUGUUGUAUUUGCUGCACACGGAGAAGCCAUAUUUGUAUUGCUAUUGAGUAUUUUAUUAUGUUGUUUGUGUUUCCAUAUUCUACUUUUAAACAUCAUGUAAAGCUCUUUCCAUAUUUUUACUUGCACUUAUUCCACAUCAGUGUAAACAAAUAAAGUAUUUUUUUAACCGA